AUGACGAAUGGGAUCAUCACCUCUUCUGCUGCUGCUGCUGCGAGCUACCACUCGGAGGGCGGCAGCGGUCGGCACCCCGGCUUCUGGGGACCCGACAACCCCGCCUACGCCACCACCAUCCUCUGCGUGCGCAAGGGCAACUCAGUGGUGAUGGUGGGCGACGGGCAGGUGACGCUGGGCAGCACCGUGGUGAAGCCCAACGCACGAAAGGUCCGCCAAAUCCGUCCCGGCAUCGUUGCGGGCUUUGCCGGCGCCACUGCCGAUGCCUUCACGCUGUUCGAACGUCUCGAGGAGAAGAUCGAGGAGCAUCAGGGCCAGCUGCUGCGUUCCUGCGUGGACUUGGCCAAGCAGUGGAGGACCGACAAGUACCUGCGGCGGCUCGAGGCGCUUAUGGUGGUGGCCGAUAAGAACAUAUCGCUCACGCUGACGGGCACCGGAGACGUGAUCGAACCCAACGACGGCAUCAUUGCCAUCGGCUCGGGCGGCACCUACGCGCUGGCCUGCGCCCGAGGCCUGAUCGACCUGCCCGACAUCGACGCCGAGACCAUCGCUCUCAAGUCCAUGAAGGUGGCGGCUGAUCUUUGCAUCUACACCAACCAUAACUUUGUGGUGGAGAGGAUCAGCAUCGACGCGGACGAAGCCAAGGAGAAGGGCGGCAGCAACAUCCUCAGCGCGCCUGACCAGCACAAGGAGGAGCCCUGA